ACCCGCCGUCCGGCCGCGCGGGAACAGAGCCCGGGCGCACGCGGGGACCCAGCCCGGGGCGCGCCCAGGACAGAGCCCGGCCGGCAGGUGCCCAUGGCCGGAGCCGCGAUGGCCGAGACGGGGCGUGGGCCGCCCGCCGCACCCGCGCCGGGCACCGAGGGGCUGCCGCGCGCCUUCCUGCAGAGCCUGCGCACCCUCUUCGACAUCCUGGACGACCGGCGGCGCGGCUACGUGCACCUGCGCGAGAUCGAGUCCCGCUGGCAGGGCGCCGACGCGCGCGAGCUGCCCCGCGGCGUGCUCCAGGGCCUGCGGCAGGUGGCCCCGGCCAGCGGCUACCUCACCUUCGAGCGCUUCGUGGCCGGCCUGCGCACCUCGCUGCUGAGCGCCGACAGUGGCCCGCGGGGCCCGGCGCGCACCCCGGCCCGGGGAGGCUGCCCGGCGCGUCCCGGGGGCCAGCCGCCGCCGCAGCGCCUGGUGUUCGCGCCGGCCGAGGAGCCGCGGACGGUCCUGGAGAGGAAGCCCCUGCCCCUGGGCGCCGGCCCCGGCGGCUCGGCCCGGAGCCUAGAGACGCUGUGCGGCCCGGCCGAGGCGGCGCCCGGCCCCGCGGAGCCCGAGCGGCCCCAGGGCGCGGCGCUGGAGCGGAGCCCGAGCGCGGACGCUGGUGCAGUGGCCGGCAGGGCUCGGGAGCUAGGCGUGGGGGGUGCCCAGCGGGGCCCCCAUGCCCGAGGGGAGCGUCGGAGGCACACCAUCACCAGUGGUGUGGACUGUGACCUGCUGAAGCAGGUGAAGGAGCUGGAGCAGGAGAAGGAGGUGCUGCUGCAGGGUCUAGAAAUGAUGGCGCACGGCCGGGACUGGUACCAGCAGCAGCUUCGGCGCGUGCAGGAGCGCCAGCGCCGCCUGGGCCAAAGCAGGGCCAGCACUGACUUUGGGGCUGAGGGGAGCCCCCGCCCACUGGGACAGCUGCUGCCCAAGGUACAGGAGGUGGCCCGGUGCCUGGGGGAGCUGCUGGCUGCGGCCUGUGCUGGCAGGGCUCUGCCCUCAUCCUCAGGGCCCCCAUGCCCGGUCCUGGCCCCCGCCUCGCCUCCGGCGCCAGGCUGGCAGCAGCAGACCAUCCUCAUGCUGAAAGAGCAGAACCGGCUCCUCACCCAGGAGGUGACCGACAAGAGUGAACGCAUCACGCAGCUGGAGCAGGAGAAAUCCGCCCUCAUCAAGCAGCUGUUUGAGGCCCGUGCCCUCAGCCAGCAGGAUGCUGGGCCUCUGGACUCCACCUUCAUCUAGCAGGACAUGGGCGUGGAUGUGGGCCCCCUCAGCCUGGCCUGGCGCUCAGCCUGGGGCGGGCACCCCCUUAACCCCACCUCUCAGGCUGAAGACCACCCGGCUGGCCUGGACACGGCACCCCCCCUCCCUUCCAGUCUGGGCUGCUCCAGACGCCACCAACCCCAGGUGGAGCCAGCAGGUGGGCUGCCCCCCAGGAUGUCCUGUGGCCCCAGACACUGACUUGGUUCUGGCCUCCUGGGCUGAUAUGGAGUGGGGCUCCGUCCUGCUGGCACAGCCUGAAGCUGCUAUUGCCACUGUUGGUGCAUAGUGGGGGACCCCUCCUUGUGUUUAUCAGAUCUCAGGCAGCCCUGGACAAGCUGGGCUUGUGGCAGCCCGGCCUCAUGUUUACAGCCGCCUGUCUCCCCUCCCACCUGGGGUCUCCAGUAAAAGGUACUGGUCACACUACGCUGCACUCCCGACAGUGGCCAGCAGAGGAUGCUGCACAUGCUGCCACAGGCCCUGCCCCGGACCCCCCACCACCUGUCUCAGAUGGAGGCCGGAAGGAGGGGACCCUGGGACACCUGGGGGCCCAAAGGCAUCUUCCCCCAACCCAGGGCACCAAGACUAGGGGGCUGUCCGUCAGCCAGGGUAGAUGGAGGGGGUGGGAAGUGGCCUCUAAGGGGAGGGGGGUGUCUGCCUGUGUGGAGUUCCGGGGGAGCCCCCCCGGGACGGUGGUCUGGGUUCAUGCCUGGGCCAAGGCUGAAGGUUCCUGGAGUGGGGCUGGAAGGAUGGCCUGCUUGUCCCCUGCCUACAGACCCCACACCCUAAACCAACUUGGGUUAGCCGUCAUCCCUCCUGGCCAAGACUCCACCCAGACUGAGACCCACAGUGCAACCUGUGGACCAGGCUCAGGGCCGUAGGCCUGCCAGACCACCUGACCAGGGCAGGCUGUGGUCACAGGGUGGCUCCUGUGUCCCCCUCCCCUAGGGAGGUCCUUGUGUCCAGGAAGGGGUGUCAGCCUAGGCCUCCCAGACAUACCCUAAGGUGCCUUGUAGGCCAAGCACCCCCACCAGGGCUCACCCCCCACCCCCAGCUUGGCCCCAGGUCUGGGCUGGGAGAGAACACUUCUGCUCAGCUACAGAAAAGGGGAACCACAGAACUCAGGAAGAGGCUGGGGGGGACCCCGGCUCAGCCGGGCCUGCUAACAGCACCUCCACCUUAGGAGGGGCCCGGUGCUCCGUGCUGCCAUCCCACAGGGACCCCCAAGCCAAGGGCAUAGUGACAUCACUGGUGGGUUGGUGGUGGGGGGCCCCAGAUGUGGAGUGUGGGUGUGUAUGGAGCACAGGGACCCCACACACCUGAAGAGGUUGGGCACAGCCUCCUGCAGCCCUGGAAGGCACCCUGGCCACAGGGAGGGGUCCUGGGUGCAGGACAGCUGUUUCUUUCUGGCCCCAGCUCUGUGGUAACCUGCCAGCAGCAACCUGGACCAGCUGUCCCCCCACAGCGCUCAGGGCCUGGGGUGGGGGGUGGCCAGCAUCCCCAGUCAGGCCCAAAUCAGCCCAGUGUGCAGGCUGCCCUCAGAGGAUGGGGGUGAGUUCUCCUGGGGGCCUAAGCAAGCCCCCUGGCCUAGACCUCCUGGACAGGCUCCCUGGAAGAGGAAACAGAAAAAGGAGCAGGCCCUGAAGGGCAAGACACAGCCUUCAGCAUCCCAGUGGACUUGCGGUACAGUGGUUAGACCAGUGCCAGCCAGGACAGACCCUCCCAAUCAUCAGGGUGGGUCCUCUUUUGGGGAUUUCCCCAAAGCUGCCUCUUUCGUGGUUCUUGGAUCUGCCCCUCCCCUUCCAUCCCAUGACCAGUCCCCCACACCAGCCCAGGCCCUGAGCCCACCCUCACUAGGAGUCCCUCCGCUCACAGAUUCUCUAAACAGAGCCCCUGACAUUUCCAGAACUGAAAACUGCACCCUCCCCUGCUCCAAAUCCUUCCAUGACCCCGUCACUCAGGGCAAACCCAGGCCCCAAACAGUGUGGCCCCCAUAGCUCCCACCCAAGUCCCUUAUGUAGCUGGGGCUGCAGCCGAGCAGAGCCCCUGCCACCUCUGGGCUCUGCACAUGCUGUUCCUGCCCUUCCUGCCUCACCUGGCUUCAUCCUAGUCAGCCCUCCAGGCAUACAGACAGUGAAGGAAUCUGCAGAGACCAAAACAGGGAAGGUGGCAGUCUCCGGGAGAAGCAGGCAUGGUGGCCCGCAUUCCCCCAAGGGUGUCUGCCACUCCUGGGGGCUCCCACAUCCCCUCUGACGUCUGCACGGAACCUGGGAGACAGGAGACAGAACAUAGUGUCUGCCCCAGGGGGGCUUUCGUCAGGAGAGCUCCCGCAUGCCACUGGCCCUUCAGCUGCAGGGUACAUGUGAAAUGAGCUGGCCACAGAAGGUGACUCAGGAGAGGGGCCUCUCGGCCCUGGUGUUCCGUGCAGGGUGAAAAAAUAUGUCAUCUUCAUUUGCAGCCUGAAAUCAGGCUACCUAUGUGGCCCUGGAGACCUCAGGGGAGAAUUUUAAGUGGCCCAGGUUGGCAGGGCCUGUGUGAGUGGCAGAAGCAAAUGCAUGUCCUCAAGCAGGCUCUCAGCCUCGCACAAGUGACGCCUGGGGCAGAGUAAGUCUCUGGGGCUGUCCCACGUACUGCGGGAUGUUUAGCAGCAUCCCUGCCCUCUAUCGGCUAGAUACCAGCAGCACAUACACACUCAGUUGUGAUAACCAAAAUGUCUCGAGAGUGCCAAAUGUCCCAGGUGGGGG